CACUACACACCGCAUAACCACCCCCACCAACCCCAAAACAAUGACCACAACAACCACAACAGAGCUAACCUUCCCCCUGCCGCGCACGCACAACACCACCGUCCACGCCCACUUGACACUAUCAAAGAACCACAUCCUUCUCCACCUAACCACCAAGACCCCCGAGGCGGCCUCUCAACCAGCCACGCUGGGGUCUUUUGUAUAUGCCCUCCCACCUACCGGCAACCACAAAAACCCCCUCUCGACCGCAAUCUACGUGCGCGAGAGCACCCUCGAGACCGCUACUCGCAUAGCAAAGAUCCUGGCGAAGCGCACGGGGUUGCCGGUGUAUGUGGGGAAUUCUAUGAGUUUUGCUAGCGCGGGGAUGGGCGGCGGGGGUAUGGAGGAGGUGGAGGGGGUUAAGGGGGUUGUUGAGGUUGUUUGCGGGGAGGUGGAGGCGUGGAGGAAGGGUGCUACGGAGGGGGGGUGAGGAUGGGGAAAGUGGGUGAAGGGGGGGUGGAUAGUGCGGGGUGGGUGUUUGUGGCUUGGGUAGUGGCAAGCGGAUUUGGGAUGGAAAAGACGAAUAUUUGAUGGAGGGCGGUAAUUUUGUGGGUAGUGGGGGUAGGGCGGAACGCCUUGAAUUGUAAACGUGAAGGGUGUAUUCCUGAAGAGACAAAAAAUGAAGGAAAUAUUGUUC